AUGGGCGCGCUGGGGCGGCUGCUGCUGUGGCUGCAGCUCUGCGAGCUGACCGGGGCCGCCUACAAAAUCUGGGUCCCCAACACUGACUUCGAAACGGCGGACAACUGGAGCCAGAACCGGACCCCGUGCGCAGGCGCCGUCGUCGAGUUCCCAGCGGACAAGAUGGUGUCAGUCCUGGUGCGAGAACGUCACAGCGUCUCGGACAUGCUCCUGCCGCUGGACGGGGAGCUCAUCCUGGCCCCGGGAGCAGGCUUCAGCGCCCCACACAGCAGCUUGGACCCGGACUGUGGCUCAGGGGCCCCCGUGCUCUUCCUCGACCCCGACCGAUUCUCGUGGCACGACCCGCGCUUGUGGCGCCCCGGGGACGCGGCACGCGGCCUCUUCUCCGUGGACGUCGAACGCGUGCCCUGCCGCCACGACGACGUCGUCUUCCCGCCCGACGCCGCCUUCAGGGUGGGCUUCGGGCCGGGCGCCCGCCCCCUGCGCGUGCGCAGCGUCUGGGCCCUGGGCCAGAAUUUCACGCGCAACGAGGAUCUGGCUGCUUUCCUGGCCUCCCGUGCCGGCCGCCUGCGCUUCCACGGGCCCGGCGCGCUCAGCGUGGGCCCCGAGGCCUGCGCCGACCCGUCUGGCUGCGUCUGCGGCAACGCUGAGGUGCAGCCAUGGAUCUGCGCGGCCCUGCUCCAGCCCUUGGGGGGCCACUGUCCCCCUGCCGCCUGCCAAGACGCCCUCCGGCCCGAAGGGCAGUGCUGCGACCUCUGCGGAGCCAUCGUGUCGCUGACCCACGGCCCUGCCUUUGACCUGGAGCAGUAUCGAGCGCGGCUGCUGCAUGACUUCCUGACCCUGCCCCAGUACAAGGAGCUGCAGGUGGCCGUGUCCAAGGUGCAGCGCCCGCCCCGGCCCCACGAGGCCAAGGGCGCGGAGGCUGACACGGAGAUCCAGGUGGUGCUGCUGGAGACCGGGCCCGAGACGGGCGGCGCAGGGCGGCUGGCCCGGGCCCUCCUGGCGGACAUCGCCGAGCACGGAGAGGCCCUCGGGGUUCUGUCGGCGACCGUUCGGGAAUCGGGCGCGCCCAUCGGGGAUGGCUCGGCGGCGGGUUUACACCCGCCAGGGUCGCGCGCGGGGCUAGUGGGCGGCGUGGCGGCCGCGCUGUUCCUGUUGUUACUGGUGCUGCCGGCGGUGGCGCUGUUGCUGCACCGUACGGGGAGGCUCAGAUGGAGGCGCCAGGAGGCGGCAGAGACGCCCUUGGGCUUCAACAACCCGGUGUUCAACGUGGCAGGCUCUGUGGAGCAGGUGAGUGGCUGGGGGGACCUCCCCCGCACCCCGUCCCCAUAG